UGCGACAGAUAAGCCAGUCACGUGGCGAUAAGCUCGGACGCUAAAGGCUAGUGGGUCACUAACUCUUAACCUGCAUCAGGGAUGUUGUAAUUCGAUAAAUGGCGACAGGUGGAUCAAAAAAGCCAACACAUCAAAGUCACCACCACGCAGAACUCAGGAUAUCAGACACUCAACCGCUGGGACCAUAAGAGACAAAAUUGGUAGAUCAGCUUAUACCAUUUAGGCCAGACUUCUUAGGUUAUUUAUUUUUGCAUCAUAGAACUCAGAGGCCAACUUUUCCGUUACCCACUAGGCAGAGACGCGAUUGGACAAAAAGACUAGAGAUUCAGGUAUACCUAGUUUUACAAGUCACACAUAUCUUGCUGUCAACGGUUUAACUCUCUUUGUAUCGACCUCUUCAAUACUCCACCUGAACUGCACAGAUCAUAUCAAUCACUCAUUAUAGUCAUGCUUUUAGCUACAGGUGAAGAUGCGCUAUUUGCUAGCAAAGAUGUCCUCUGUGCGUGAAACUGAAAGAUACCGUUCUCAUUUUCAUCAAGAAUACCUUCACUUUAAUAGCUGAAAGACACCUUUGUGGGGGAUCGUGAAGCAAGGUUGAGGGAAUGGGAUCUUACGAUUAGGUUGAUUGGAAAGAGCCUCUUGUCCAAUCAGACUUGCGAUCUGUGGGUUUUGGACAUCUCGGGCAGAAGCCUUUAGCCUUGUGUUGUUAAGCAAUCUGUCCACGAACGGAUUCCUUCCUGGGCACCUCAGUGGUAGGUAGGUAGUUAUAAUUUGCUGUUGUCUCCGGUCUCGUAGGUAUCGGUUUAGUGCAUCUUAGUAGACUUUUAGGUAAAGCCAGGGGAGAAUAACUAAAACGUGAUCUAAAUUAUGGCUAAAGAUAUGUUAAACAACUGAGAUGUGCAUUGGUACGUAGCAGAGUGUGACCGAAUUAGGCUUAGCAGAAUAUGCCCCGCCUUGUGUCCAAGUCCAAUUUAAUCAGUUAAGAAGCGGCUCGACACAACCUCGAAUCGGCCUUAGUUACCAUCAACCUGGAGCCGUUGGCCCUUAUCAUCGGGACCUUGAUACAUCACAGACGGAAAUCAUGAGUAGACUACUCACUGCUGGGUUGCGGCCUCUCCCACGCCGGGCUACGGUCCUUCCCGUCAGAAACCUACAUCUACAUCGUCAAUCUACGGGUGGCCUCCUCCAAGCCGAUGCUGCGAUUCGAGCGACACGAAAACGAAUGUGGCAAGGCGGAAACAAUGCUUUCCACAAUGCCGUCACUACAAGGAAUGCCUCUUUUGCGAGAUUCUUGCCCAAGCUCAUGGUCAAGUUUCUGAGGGUUCCAGCAAUGUUUGGCGGUGUGGCCAUCGGUGCUUUUGCCUGGGUGCAAUACCAAGCAGCUCAGGCUGGCACAUUCGCGGUGAACCUAUUCAACACAACAACGGAUACCGUUUCGAGCGCCGCUUCGAGCAUAUUUGGCGGUGCCAAAGAUAUAGCUGAUCAAGUAAAUCGAGGAUGGGAAUCCACCAAAGAGAAAGCCGAACUGCCCGAUUGGGUCAAACAAAUCCUAAAACUUCAAGAAGAUAUUGGCACCGGUGGUUCAGGCGGUCCAGGCGGUGGUGAGCCGAAGCAGAGCAAGGUUGGUGCCGCAGCUGCUGUGGGUGCUACAGCUGCUGCUUAUGGCUACGACCAGUCGGACGAUGAGGAUCCUCGGAAUGUCGAACAGGUGGCCAAGGACGACCAGAUGAUGCUUCUUACUAAGAAGAUGAUCGAGAUUCGAUCCAUUCUCCAAAAGGUUGGACAGUCAAGCACCUUGACCCUUCCCUCCAUCGUAGUUAUAGGAUCCCAGUCUUCUGGAAAGAGCUCCGUCUUAGAGGCUAUCGUUGGUCAUGAAUUCCUUCCAAAGGGUUCCAACAUGGUUACAAGGAGGCCAAUUGAGCUAACUCUCGUCAACACACCAUCUGCCAAGGAAGAGUAUGGCGAGUUUCCUGACCUUGGACUGAGACACAUCACCGACUUCUCGUCAAUUCAACGAACUCUGACCGAACUCAACCUUGCCGUUCCCGACAGCCAGUGCGUCUCUGACGAUCCGAUUCAUCUAACAGUCUAUUCCCCGAACGUGCCCGACCUGUCACUUAUCGAUCUUCCCGGAUACAUUCAGGUUGUAGGACAAAAUCAGCCCCUGGAACUGAAGCAGAAAAUCUCCGAGCUUUGUGAUAAGUAUAUUCAGCCACCCAAUGUCAUCCUUGCCAUCUCUGCUGCCGAUGUGGAUUUGGCAAACUCAACUGCUCUCCGUGCAUCUCGCAGGGUUGAUCCCAGGGGUGAGCGCACAAUCGGUGUGGUUACCAAGAUGGACUUGGUUGAUCCUGUCCGUGGAGCAAACAUCCUGAAUGACCAACAAUAUCCCUUGAGACUCGGCUAUGUGGGUGUGAUUUCCAAGGCCCCUCAAAAUCAAGGACUUUUCAAGAUGGGCAACACCAACCGACUUGCCCAAAUUAGCAAACAAGAGAAGACCUUUUUCGAUGCUCAUCCCCGGGAGUUCGGUCCUGGUGCUGAAGUUAGCGUUGGAACCAAGACGCUCCGCAAGAAACUCAUGCAUGUUCUGGAAAAAACAAUGUCUGGAAGCCUGCAAAGCACCAGCGAUGCUAUUCGACAAGAGCUUGAGGAGGCCACAUAUGAGUUCAAGGUUCAAUACAACGACCGCCCCCUUUCGGCCGAAUCUUAUCUUGCAGAGAGCUUGGAUGCCUUCAAGCAUUCUUUCAAGCAAUUUGCCGAGGAGUUUGGCCGCCCCCAAAUGCAAGAGCUUCUGAAGCUAGAAUUAGACCAGAAGGUCCUUGACUUGCUCGCAGCUAGGUAUUGGAACAAGCCCAUCGAAGAUCUUUCGCCAAUCAACCCCGACCUGGACAACCUGGCAGAUCUCCCCAAAGCCCCUGCCGACUCUCUUUACUGGCAACGACAGUUGGAUGCUUCUGCAUCCGCGCUCACAAAGCUCGGUGUUGGGCGUUUGGCCACCACUGCGGUUGCCUCUUCUAUCCAGGCCCAUAUCGACUCCCUUAUUAGCAACUCCAGCUUCGCCAGCCACCCCUUCGCCCGUCAGGCUAUCUUGGAAUCUGCCGAAACAAUUCUCCGCGAGAGGUUUUACAGCACCAGUGACCAAGUGGAGAACUGUAUCAAGCCCUACAAGUUCGAGAUCGAACUCGAGGACCGAGAGUGGGCAAAGGGACGUGAUCACGUUGGUGGUGUGCUCAAGAAGGAGCUUCAGGACUGCGAGAAAGCCUUGAAAGGCCUCGAGGACAGUGUCGGUGGAAGACGAAAGAUCAAAGACGUCAUGAACUACAUCGACAAGGCCCGCAAGGGUGAAGUUGUCGUUGAGGGUGAUAAUCGCAGUGGUGCCGGUGGCUUCAGCGCUGCUCUUUUGAGCAAGGGACGCGAGGCUGUUUUCCUACGUGACCGAGCCGACAUUAUCAAGAUGCGGCUACUUGCAGUCAAAUCCAAGCAGUGUGCUGAUCCUAACAACAAGUACUACUGCCCCGAGGUUUUCCUCGACGCCGCUGCAACCAAAAUGGCUUCUACUGCUGUCCUGUUCCUUAACGUGGAGCUUCUCUCAGAAUUUUAUUAUAGCUUUCCUCGAGAAUUAGACCAUCGUCUUGGUCGCCAUCUAUCUGACGAAGAAAUCGAGAAAUUUGCUAAGGAAGAUCCCAAGAUUCGUCGGCAUUUGGAAGUUAUCCGCCGCAAGGAAUUGCUUGAGCUAGUCCUUGAGAAGAUGGAAAGCCUACGGCAGCUCGAUGGUCGCGAACGCGAACGGACAAACCCUAACGCAAGGCGAGACCGCAAGCAAGGCCGCUGGGGCCUAUUCUAAGAUCUACCUAUCCUGAGAUCCAUCCUGAGAUGGACAGGGGCCUUCAAGCAACGUCGAUGGGGUUAGGGGGUCUAUCCCAAGGUUGAUAGGGACUAUCCUGAGCAGGGUCGAUGCCGAGGCCCUUGUUAAAAUGAGAAACGACAUUCACUGGGAGGGAGUUGUAGGAGUUGGACAGGAUUGAUUGUUGAAUUAGAUUAUCAAGAUUAUCACCACUUUCUUAUAGACAAGCUUGUUACUUAACACAACGGUAUACCUAAGCCAUCUUGUAAUGAUCCAACAUUAAAGCCAUAAGGCUGCACAAUCGAACAAGAUUUCACAAAUAAACUCUAUAACAAGAUUAACAUGACCACUGGAAGCAUAAGGGACGAAAUUAGUAGAUUAGCUUAUGCUACUUAGAUUAGACUUCUUAGAUUAUUUAGGUAUUUUGGUAUCCUAACAGGAGGUCAACUUUGGCUUACUCUAGUACCUACGUCGCAGAAAAGAGGGAGCAAAUGUUAGAGAAUAUAGGCAGAACUGUUGUAUU